UCCGAGAAAGUUAACAAAAGUGCGUGUGUUCUGGGAUGCUGCGGCUACGUAUGGAGGAAUCUUUCUGAGCUCCCAGCUUUUGAAAGGUGCGGAUUUGGUGAAGCCGCUUCUAUCUGUCAUCUGCCAAUUCCGACAGAAACAGUAUGCCAUCGCUGGGGACAUAAGGCAGAUGUUCCAGUUGAUUAUUCGUCCGGCAGAUAGAAACGCACAACGAUAUUUGUAUCAGGAGAAUUCAGAAGCUGCGCUCGAUGUGAACAUGGACGUCGCAACGUUCGGGGCAGCGUGCUCCCCGUGUUCAGCACAGUUAGCUAAGAAUGGAAAUGCCCAUAGGAACAUAAAGAUCGUUAUCCGGAAGCUGCUGAAGCAAUUGUUGACAACACAUAUGUUGACGAUUUCCUUGCGAGCUGUGCCAUUGAAGAGGCAACGAAACUGACUUUGGAAGUGAGUCUGGUCAACCGAUCAGCUGGUUUGGAGAUACCUAGUUGGCAGUCGCACUCCAAACACGUUCUGAAACGGGUUGGGGUGACUACUGGAGAUAAUUUUGUAGUCAACAUGGAAAAUUGCUCGCGGUGUGGUGGUCUACUCAACCGAAUUGCUAACCUGUAUCAUUUUGCGCACCGCUUUAAGCGCUUCAAACGGGAUCCUGUGGAAUCUAGUAAGUCCUGUGGUGGUCUGAAUCGUGAUGAUUAUGUGUCGGCGGAAACAGCCAUUUGGCGGGCUGUGCAGCGACAGGUGUUUGCAGGAGAAAUUCAAGCGCUUAGAAGCAGUUCUGAGCUCUCAUCGAAGCAGUGGAAGCGUAUCGGCAAGGGAAGUGUCCUAGCGAAGCUAUCACCGGUGAUCGAUGAGUCCGGUGUUCUCCGGAUGGCGAGUGGAAUCGACCCUCAAGCGGCUCAUUAUUCGUUAGACGUGCGAAAUCCUGUGAUAGUACCAAAAGAUCAUAAUGUCACCACUCCUUUGAUCCUGCGAUUUUACCAAAGGUACGGCCAUGCCAAUAUCGAGACGGUACUGAUCGAGUACAAGCUACGUUACUACAUUCCCCGGAUGAGAGCCAGUUCGGAGAAGGCGAUUAAGACUAUCUUGCACCAUCGAAGGCUAGACGAUGAAGGACUGCGAACAUUGCUCUCGGAAGCAGAAUUGAUAGCCAACGCCCACCCGCUGACGUUCGUGCCGCUGGAGGAUCCCAAGGAAGAAGUGCUGACUCCAAAUAAUUUCCUUUGGCUAAGUUCCGGCGAGGACAGUAAACCACCAAGGGUACCAAUCGACGAUGUUACACCUUUUCGACCAAACUGGAAGGUUAUUCAACACUUAACAAACCAGUUUUGGAAGCGCUGGGUGCAAGCUUACCUACCUACUAUAGCCUGCAGGACGAAAUUGUUCACGGAAACGCGGCCGCUGAAGGUCGGCGAUCUAGUGGUCAUCGUAGACGAGUCCGUGCGCAACGGAUGGCUCCGAGGUAAAGUGGUGAGGACUCAUCCAGGACGAGACGGACAAGUUCACAAGGUCGACGUGGAGACUUGCGACGGAUCUACUCUUCAAAGGCCAGCGGUAAAGGUUGCUCUGUUGGACGUGCAGGAGGAGAGUAAAGUCGAUUGACUACGACGUUACGGGUUGGGGUGUUAGUAGAACUGGCAACCUUGGUACGGGAUCGGACAAACGUCAACGCGUUGGCGCCGAAAAAGAAUUGUCAUUGUUAGAAAAUUGAUCGAAACUGCGACACAUUUUUUCUUGACCUGGCAGUUAGUUAGUUUGAAGUGAAUUGUUUUUAGCGAAAACAGUAUGUAUUUGAUCAUUAGUUAUUUGAUCAUUCUUUAAUGUAUUUUGUUAUAGUAGGUGGAAUCUAUUUUGCUAGUUGCGCGUGAUUUGAGUGCUCGCAGAUUUGUGAGUCGGAAGAGGUUAGGUGAUAGAAAUUCCUUACUGCGCAAUUUGCCACUAAAAUAUUGUAUUUCCUUUGAUAGUUUGAGUGACCGUUCGAUUGUUCCGGUUAGGUGUACCGGGUUGAGCUCAAUUAGAGCGGUAGGAAAGAAAAAGCGUAAGUACGCAAGAAUACGUGUUUGUACCCGAUGAUAAAUAUGAUUUUCGUCCAUUAGCUUCAAAUAGCCGGUGAUAUCCGAUGGUUUAGGGUUGCCAGAGCUAGAGCUUAGGGUAAACGGCGAAACUUAUUUUCGAGUUCGUUCGCAUACAACGUACUACGGAACAGUUUUUAUUUCCCACACUAUUAGUCUGAGGCCGUUUUCUUUUGACAGCUGGUGCGCACUGAACUUUCCAAUUGUCGGUUUGAAUUUUUCCUCCUGGCCGACCUGAGCGUUAAAAUCCCCGAUGACGAUCUUGAUAUCAUGUUUUGCUGCGCGUAGAAUUCGUCUCUGUCGUUACCGGUACUUCCGAGGUGAGGGCUGUGCACGUUGAUGAUGCUGAUGUUGCAGAACCGGCCCUUGAUUCUCAACCGGCACAUACGUGGGUUGAUCGGACACCACCCGAACACGCGCUUUUGCAUGUUUCCCAUCACUAUAAAAGCUGUUCCAAGCUCGUGUGUGUUGCCGUAGUUCUGGUAGAUGGCCCUUCCAGCAUACUUCCUGCAUACCUCCUGCAGCGGCUACAAUAUCGAAUUUGCGGGUCUUCAAUUGGUUGGAGAGCACAAUAACAGCUCGCUAAUUUUGAAAUACCCAGAGCCCGGCUCCAUUUUACUCAGAGAUCGCCUUUGGUAUGAAGCAGCCGUCGCUUGAUCUAAAACGACUCAGUUUUUCCGAGUAAUGGCUACUCAGACGACGCGAAAGUUGGCACUCAGCGAAUUCGAGUGCUUGAAGGCGACAACUGAGUAAAUGUUGAUCAGUUAGUUCGAGGCCUUCCAUCACUUUUUUCAAAGUUGCUGAAUUGUUAUUCGGAACACCAAUUUCUCAUGGAUGCGAUAAUGGAAUAUACGAAGAAGGAAUUACCCUCGAAGGUGCACUAGUAGCAGCAAGGAAAGCCACAAUCCGGAUUCACGGCCUCUAAUUAAAUUUUGGUAUUCGGGCGGAACAAUUUUACCAUUCGGAUUAUAAAGCCAAUAUUUCGAUGAAAAAAAGUAAAGCGGUGCGAUUGUGAUUUAAAGAAAAAUGUGAAUUUGGUGAAAAUUUAAAAAUUUACAAUUAUGGAAAUAUAAAUGAUGAGCAAAAUAUUUUCACUUUUUAUUAUUCUGAUUCACUAUUCUGACAAUAUUCUUAUUGAUUUAACUGGGUUUUACGUUUCCUACGGUGAAAAAGCGGCCAAAAUCCGUUCCCAAAUCCUUCGCGCAUUCUGAGUAACCAUGACUCAGUUGUCGCGAAAAGGGCGAUUAGUCAGAUCUGAGUAAAGGCCGUUUAGUCAGAACUGAGUAGGUGCGGUUUUGGCGACAACUGAGUAACCGUCACUCUGAACUGAGUAGCUGAAAGUUAGCGAGAGUAUCGUUUGCCGGUACUUACACAAUCACAAACUCCCGUUCGCACACGUUUGUUUACACCGGUUAAUCGCACACUGUUACACGAAAUCGAAAACAAACCACCAACACAACGACAACGGUUUUGAAAACAUUCUCAACCGCACACGGGCUCGUUGCACACAUACAUGUGUUUCAUUCAUGCUGCCGUUUGACGUUUCAAAAUCGACCCGAACGUGUGCUCGAAACAUGUGGUUCACGUUUUUUCUCGCGAAUUUCCUGUUAAAAAAGUUUAAUAAUUAGGAGAUUUCGUUGAAAACUAUUACUAAAGUGUACUCUACUAACCGGUGAACACAGCUUAUAUAAGUAUUCAAAGUUAAUCGAUUUUAUUUCCUGGGAAAUUGUAAAUCUCAAACCGGUCACCAUGACGAUCGACCAAAAUCUGGAGGUUAACUUGGACCCCACGAACCUCAAAUUUUCGGUGUUCAGUUCCGAGGACAUCAAACGGAUCAGCGUGGCUAAGAUUGUUACCCCACGGUCGUUUGACGAACUAGGCCAUGCCAUCCCGGGAGGCUUGUACGAUGCCGCUAUGGGCCCCUCAGGACGAGGUGAAGUUUGUUCGACCUGCGUCAAGGAUAUCAACUCGUGCGAGGGUCAUUUUGGGCAUAUUGAAAUUUGCCUGCCGGUGUUUAAUCCGUUUUUCGUCCGGACGGUGUACAACUUGUUGCGCAUUUGCUGUACCGAGUGCUUCCGCAUUCAGCUGCACGAUACGUCCAAAAGUUUGCUGGAACUGCAGCUGCAGCUGGUGGAUGCAGGGUAUAUCGUUGAGGCCGAAGAAUUGGAGGUUUUCAAGCAGAAAGUGGCUCUAUAUCCAGGUGCUCCGCUACCGGAAGAGCUUAAUUACUAUAUGGAACUUUUGUUGACCCAUCCGUACAAUACGCUGUGCACCACCAAAAACUCGGAAGCAAUCCGAACGGCUAUCGUCAAUAGUACCUUGAAGGAUGCGAAAAAGUUGCUUUGCAUUCACUGUAAGGGUGUCAUAAAAAAGGUUCGCUUCUCCAACAAACGGUUGGUGUUUAGCAUGAACCGUAACGAGAUGCGAUCGUUCUAUGCCUCCAAAGGCGAUAACGAGGUGACGGACGAAAUGACGAAGGCCACCAAUAGGAUCCUUUUUGCGAACGAGUGUCAGACCUAUUUCCGGCAGCUGUACGCUAAUGAUGGGGCUCUGUUGCGGCAGUUGUUUCCUAUUUUGAAUAGUACCGCGAUGGAACAUCCCGUUGAUAUGUUCUUCAUGGAUGUGAUUCCGGUGCAACCUCCGAUUGUGAGACCGGUACGGCGAGUGGAUGGCAUGGAGAUCAUAGAACAUCCCCAAUCGACGGUCUUGCAAUCCAUUUUGAUGGCCAACGCUUUGCUUCGAUCGAUCUUGGUGGUAACGAAGAAGGCGGAUGAUGCUUUAGGAAAUGGGGCGCUGGAUGCAGAAAUGCGAAAAGUUUACGAGGAGGCAAGAGGAGAAACGGCCAAUGAAAAGCUAUACAAUGCGUGGAUAGAAUUGCAGGUUGCUGUAGACAUCUCUUUAGAUACCAAUUUAAGUAAGGAGAAGAGCAAGACCAGAGGUUGUGGAUUAAAGCAGAUCAUCGAGAAGAAAGAAGGUCUUCUUCGGAUGCAUAUGAUGGGUAAAAGAGUAAAUCACGCGGCUAGAACCGUUAUUACGCCGGAUCCGAAUAUUGGAGUAGAUGAGAUCGGUAUUCCUGUUACUUUUGCCAAACGGUUAAAUUAUCCUGUCCCAGUUACUCCCUGGAAUGUUGCUGAGUUACGCAAAAUGGUACUCAACGGUCCAGAUGUUUAUCCCGGAGCUAAUAUGAUUGAAGACUCCAACGGACAGGUCAGUAAAAUAUCGGCAAUGAACGUGACUCAAAGACAAUCUAUGGCCAAAACAUUACUCACCCCGCACAGCUCAAAUCAACAGGGUGUCAAAGUUGUCCAUCGUCAUUUACUUGACGGUGAUAUUCUACUGUUGAAUCGUCAACCAACUUUGCACAGACCAAGUAUUAUGGGCCAUAAAGCAAAAAUUCUCAGUGGAGAAAAGAUUUUCCGACUGCACUAUUCCAAUUGUAAAUCGUACAACGCUGAUUUUGAUGGAGAUGAAAUGAACGCACACUUUCCACAGUCGGAGCUGGCUCGAAGCGAAGCCUACAACAUCGUAGCCGUUCCUCAUCAAUAUCUGGUUCCGAAGGACGGAACUCCUUUGGGUGGUUUGAUUCAGGAUCACAUAGUUUCAGCCGUGAAACUUUUCAUCCGAGGAAAAUUCUUCAACAAAGAAGAUUACCAGCAGCUAGUGUUCCAAGCACUAAGCAAUCAAAGAGGUAACAUCCAACUACUGCCUCCGACAAUUUUGAAACCUGCCAAACUUUGGUCCGGUAAACAGAUUAUUUCCACCAUUAUCAAAAACAUUAUUCCGAAGGGUUUGGCUCACAUCAACAUGAUUGGCAAUGCUAAGUUGGGAACCAAACACUGGCAAACGGAAACCGCUCGAAACUGGGAAGCCGGAGGAACGCCCCUUGUGGGAAUUGAAAUGUCUGAAUCGGAAGUGUUUAUCCGACACGGAGAACUGCUGGUUGGAAUUCUGGAUAAAAACCAUUUCGGUGCAACUCCUUACGGCCUUAUUCAUUGCAUGUACGAACUUUACGGGGGAAACUGCUCGACAUCGCUGCUAUCCUCACUGUCUCGCCUUUUCACUUACUACCUACAGUGGGAAGGAUUCACCUUAGGUGUCAAGGAUAUUUUGGUUCAGCGACCUGCGGAUAAAAAGCGUUCUAAAAUCAUUAAGGCUUGCAGAAAAAUUGGACAUGAAACAGCAGCGGCAGCAUUAGAACUUCCCCCAGACGUGUCGGAAGAAGAACUUUUCACCAAAAUGGACGAAGCCUAUGCGAAGAACCCUCGCUUCCGAACCAUAAUGGAUCGACAGUACAAAACGGCCCUGGACACUUUUACCAAUCAAAUUAACGAAGUUUGCAUCCCGACUGGAUUGAUUUCCAAAUUUCCGGACAACAACCUACAAAUGAUGGUUCAAUCUGGUGCGAAGGGGUCUACCGUCAAUACUAUGCAAAUCUCGUGCUUGCUUGGCCAAAUUGAGUUGGAAGGUAAACGCCCUCCUUUGAUGAUUUCCGGGAAGUCCCUACCCAGUUUUGCUAGUUUUGAAACUAGUCCCAAGUCGGGAGGAUUUAUCGAUGGCCGCUUUAUGACCGGAAUCCAACCGCAGGACUUUUUCUUCCAUUGUAUGGCCGGUCGAGAAGGUUUGAUCGAUACCGCCGUGAAAACCAGUAGAUCCGGAUAUCUACAGCGUUGCUUGGUGAAGCACUUGGAAGGUCUGAACGUACAUUAUGAUAUGACCGUCAGGGAUAGCGAUAACAGUGUAGUUCAGUUCAUGUACGGCGAAGACGGAAUGGACAUUUCCAAAGCUCAAUUCAUUGAGAAUUCCAAACAGAUGCGAUUCCUCGAUCUGAACCGCGACGUUAUCGUUCAACCGGAGAUCGUUAAAAAGCUGAACAACGAUGAAGAUUUGAAUGAACAAAUCAAGGCUCAUGUUAAAAAGAUGAAGUCUUGGUGUAAGAAAAAUGGGCAUCCCAUUCGAAAGGAGCGGAUAUCUCCUUUUGCCAAAUUUUCUGCUGAAGUUCGCGAUCAAGUUCUCGCAGAAACAACCGCCCCUGAUGAACGCAAAGCUAAAACAGGCCGUCAGCGCAUCACAGAAAAAUUAAUAAAAAAAUGGAGGAAAGCAGAUCCAGACCGCAAGGCUAAAUAUUCCAACAAGUACGUCCAUUGUCCGGAUCCGACCAACUCUCUCUUCAGACCAGAUAGCUGUUUUGGCGCGCUAACCGAACACCUAGAAGACCUAAUCAAAUCUUAUGAAAAAUCGCAUCAACCCAUUCACGAUAUGUCCGAGCUGAUAAAAAUCAAAAAUAGUAUCGCCCUCGUGGCACCUGGCGAACCAGUUGGUCUACUAGCCGCCCAGUCCAUCGGUGAACCUUCAACCCAGAUGACCCUAAACACCUUCCAUUUCGCCGGUCGAGGUGAAAUGAACGUCACCCUCGGUAUUCCUCGACUUCGGGAAAUCCUGAUGUUGGCCUCCCAAAACAUCAAAACCCCUUCAAUGGAAAUUCCCUUCCUGCCUCGUAAGAGCGCCAAAAAGCUGAAAGCCAUCUCGGAGCAGAUGCGGAAAACUUUGAAUCGGGUAACGGUGGCGGAUUUGCUGGAAAACAUCAACGUCAAAUCGCGGCUGAUUCUAAGACCGUCCCGUAGUAUGGAGUACGUGAUUCGGUUUAACUUUUUGCCCCACGACGCGUACUCACACGAUUUCAGGGUUACCCCGGCCGAGGUGCUGCGCUACAUGUCCCGGGUCUUCUUCCAGUACAUGUUCCGAGUUAUCUUUAGCUCGGCCAAGCAGCGGAAUGUGCUGAUUGAAAUCGAAACCGAACGUAAGCCGACUGGCACCGGAACGAACGAGGAGGGGGACGAUCUCAUCGAUAGCCAGGUACCGGAUAUGACCCAAAUGGGGGGUGACGAUGGAUCUGGCAGUUCGGACGAAGAUGGUGGGGCUAAUGCGGACGAUGCAGAUGCAACGGACUCCCGACGUAAGAGUAAAAAGAGCGACGAAAUGGAUUACGAGACCGAUGAUAACGAGGACAACGUAGAUAAAGAGGACGAUGAAGAGGUGGAUAUUGAAGACCACCCAGCGAGCGAAAGGACCGCUAACAUUUCCGGUGACGAAGAAGAAGAGCCUAAAACUGAAGACCAAGCCGAGGAGGCCUUAAACGUUUCAGUCGGAGAACUGGAAGAAGCCACCGAGAAAAUGCUGGUCGUUAAGCAAAGCGAGCUCAUCAACGAUUACACCUAUGAUAAAGUCAACCAUCGAUGGUGUCAGGUGUCCUUCCACAUACCGCUCAAAUUCAAAGACAUCGAUUUUACCAAGUUACUGCGCAAAAUCGCCGAGAAAAGUGUCGUUUGGGAGGUCCCGAAAAUACGUAAAGCCAUCACCUACAUGCAGAAUGAUCAACUAUAUUUGAAAACAGACGGCAUCAACAUCUACGCGAUGACCAAGUACACCAAAAUCCUGGACCUCAAUCGGUUGUACUCAAACGACAUCUACGCAAUCGCCAAAACGUACGGCAUCGAAGCGGCCUCUCGGGUGCUGGUGAAAGAAGUCCAGAACGUCUUCCAGGUGUACGGUAUCACCAUCAAUCCGCGCCAUCUGCUGCUGGUGGCCGAUUACAUGACCGCCGAUGGAACCUACAAAUCGAUGAGCCGCAAGGGCAUGGAGAGCAACGUUUCGCCGCUGCAGCAGAUGUCGUUCGAAUCUUCGAUUCAGUUCCUUAAGGCUGCCGCCCUUAAGGGUAACAGCGAUCAUCUGGACUCACCCUCGUCCCGACUGAUGGUCGGGCAGCUGUGUAAAAGUGGAACCGGUUGUUUCGGGGUCUACAGCACCGUGGAGUAGAGAAGCAUGGGAGAGUGUUUUUUUAAAAUAUAUUUUUUAUUUUGCAAAGCAGAACAAAGAGUUAAUACUUAAAA